AUGGCAUCAUCUUUGCUCAUCCUCAUCCUCAUCCUUGUGAUCAUCUCUCUUGCAUUGCUCAUCGGUCAAAGAGAAAGAAAAAGAAGAAGACUACCACCAAGCCCUCCAAGAAUCCCAAUACUUGGCAACCUACUAUGGCUCACAAAGCCCUUCUCCCAACUUGAACCCACUCUUCACCAUCUACGUGCUAAGUAUGGCUCUAUCUUCACCCUCUACGUUGGUUCUCGUCCUGUCAUCUUCAUCAUGGAUGGCAAACAAGUCCACCGAUCACUCAUCGAGAACAGCGAGGCCUUCGCUGACAGGCCUCUACCAUUGUCUCGUAGUGAUCUCAACGGCAACCUUCACUCCAUCAACAACACACCCUACGGCCCUCUAUGGCGUCUCCUCCGCCGUAACCUCAUCUCUGAGGUGAUCCACCUGAGCAAAGCCGGUGAGUCAAGCAGUAGCAUUCAGUGCAUGGCCUUUGAGAUACUACUCAAGAGUCUUAAGGCCGAGGCUGAGGCCAACAGUGGCAUUGUAGUCCCGGUUCACAGCAUCCAACACUCCUUUUCCUUCUUCAUGUCCUCCUUGUGUUUUGGAGAGAUAAUGGAGCAGAAGGUGGUGGAUCAGAUCAUGAACGUGCAACUUGAGCUGAUACAGAUUGUGGAGAAACUUUUUGCUUUGAAUCUGUUGCCCAAGGUGACACUGCUGCUUUACUGCACAAGAUUGGGGAAGUUGAAACAGCUCAGGCGAGCUCAUCAGGAACUUCUGCUUCCCAUAAUCAAAGCGUGUAAACAAAGAGUGAAGGAUACAGACGUGAUCUCUUACGUUGACUCCCUUUUCAAACUCAAAGUCCCUGCAGACAAUGAAGGGAAUAUGAGAGAGCUAAGUGAAGAGGAAAUUAUGAGCUUCAUAUCUGAAUUCUUGGAUGCUAGCAUCCGUCCUGCUUCUGCAACUUUGGAAUGGAUAAUGGCAAGGCUUGUCAAACACCAAGACAUACAAAACAAGCUAAGGAAAGAGAUCAGGUCAGUGGUGGGAGAAAAGAGGAGACAAGUCAACAAAGAUGAACUACAAAGGAUGCCAUAUCUAAAAGCAGUCAUACUUGAAGCUUUGCGGCGUCACCCACCGGCGCACUUUUUGAUUCCCCAUGGAGUGAAAGAGAACGUGAUGAUGGAUGAGUAUUUGAUACCUAAGGGCACAGUGGUGAACUACUUGGUGGCAAGCCUUGGGUUGGAUGAAACAGUGUGGGAGGAUCCAUUAGUGUUUAGACCAGAGAGGUUCAUGGUUGGAGGGGAAGGAGAAGAGAGAGGGAAAAGAGAUAAUAUCAAGACGAUGAUGCCCUUUGGUGCCGGAAGGAGAAUGUGCCCGGGCAUGGAUAUAGCCAUGCUUCAGCUUGAGUAUUUGGUGGCCAACUUAGUGAAUGAGAUGGAGUUGAAAACAGUUCCGGGAAUGGAGGUGGAUCUCUCUGAGAAGGCUGAGCUUGUUGUUGCCAUGAAGAAUCCACUCCAUGCACGCAUCAUUAGUACUGCAUGA